UACUUGCUAUAUGAUAAAAGACAUCGAAGUGCCAAGUUUAGGACGCAGUAGUGACACCGUAAAAGCAAUAAUAUUGCACAAAAUACGGGUAGAUCAAUUCACGUUGGCUCCUUUCGAUUCACAAUUGAUAUCCGAUUUCUUCGAAGACAUGCCCGCAAUGUUAAAAGAAUAUUGCGAAAAAACGGAAUAUUAUAUACCAAGAGUUAAUGAAUUAUGUUUGGCAUUGCUCAAAGAAGUAUGGUAUCGAGCAACAUGCCUCAAUCCUAAAGAAUCAAAUAUGACAUCUAAAAUUUUCUUUAUUGAUUGUGGUAACAUUGAGUCAGUAAAGCAUAAGGAUAUUAGAUCAAUGCCCAAAGACUUCAUUUCACGUGCA